CCGCUCUAUGCUGCUGCACGCCGCGGCCGCGCCGUUACUUGGCUCAGCACAGACCGUAUAACAUUAUAGACCGUUGUCGCCGUCGCGCACUGCAUCACAACGCACCGUAGUCGCGGUAUCUGUUGCCCGGGGCCACCGCCGAUGGACUCGCGAGCGUCUUCGCUGUCGCCGGUGAUCGACCCGGACGACUCGAGAUCGCCUCCUGGAUCGCCUGCACCGAUGACGCUCCUGCAGCCGCGCCAAACCGCCGUUGGACUUCACGUUCGUAGCAACCACAACAAUAAUAACAACAACAACGACGACGACGACAUUGAAGACGAAGAAAUUGACGACGACGACGACCGCCGAUCGUCGGGCGCGACACCGAAAUCACCACAUGCACGCACACCGCCCUCGCCGUCGGACCAUCACCGGGCGCUGAUCGCCGGAAUAACUGCCGCCGCAGCUGCAGCUGCAGCCGUUGCAGAUUUCAAAGAGCCUAAAGAAGACGGCGUUGAAGACUACCGUCAAACAUUCGAUGGUUCAAAAAACAAUAACAAUAAACAAUUAAAUGGUCCGUCCAAUAAGCAGAGACGAAGUAGGACUAACUUCACUCUUGAACAGCUCAACGAACUCGAAAGACUUUUUGAUGAAACCCACUACCCCGAUGCAUUUAUGAGAGAAGAGCUUAGUCAGCGUCUUGGUCUCAGUGAGGCCAGAGUACAAGUAUGGUUUCAAAACAGACGGGCCAAAUGUCGAAAGCACGAAAGUCAAAUGCAUAAAGGUUUAAUGAUGCACCAGAACGUAUCUACCCCUCUAGAGCCGUGUCGAGUAGCCCCGUACGUAAACGUGCCAAGACUACCACAGUUGCAAUUCAAUUCUUCGGCUGCAGCUGCGGCUGCGUUUUCUGCGUUUGAUCCAGCCAUCUUGACUGCUGCACAACAGUUGCAUUAUGCAGUGGCCAUGGGAAGAGGUGUUCUGUGCCCUGCGCCAUAUCCUCCGGGUGGUCUGAGUCUAGCUGCUCUUGCAGCAUUACAUCAAGAUAGACUGUUAACCAAAAAUUCCAGUAUAGCUGAUUUGCGGUUGAAAGCUAAAAAACACGCCGAAGCCAUUAGUAGAGACCAAGAAAUUGUUUAACAUUAGGCACGCUUUUUGUUUCGUUAUGUAUUAUUAUAAUUAUUUUUUUUUAUAUACAUUUUAUAAUACUUUCAUGCAACUUCCAUACAUCGUAUCACACCUACGGUGAGAAAGGUGACACAGUUCAAAAAAUGCCAAUCUCAAAUCUGUAAAUAAUUAAGCUGUUAAUAAAUACGCAUGAUAUACCCUGCGUGCACGAAAAACGUACCUAAUCUUAUCGCCUCAAACUUUAAAUUUUUCCACCAUUGAGUAAAGUUUUUUCAGUUAUACUUUUAGACGAAUUCACAGUGAUCACGGCGAGAUCAGUGUCACAUAAGUACACUGCGUUGGUCAAGAAAAAUUACGCAUUUCAAGUGGUGGCCAAUGUUAUAAUUUUUGUUUAUAAAGUUACAUAUAAAUAUUAUUUAGGAAUCAUAACAACAAACAAUGGUCUUAGAAAAGCAAGAAAGUCAUACUUACGUACAAUAACUACUUUUGACUUUCACGUUUUGUUCUGAAAAGUUCCGUAACAUAAUAUUCAAUAAGGUUUGAUUUUCAAAUUCAUAAUACUCUUUUAAAAUAAUAAUUCAUUGCAAUGUUUUACAAUUUAUUGUCAAAAAUACUUAUCUAAGACUUACAAGAAGCUUCUGAUAUUUCAAUGUAAGUUGUACAUAAUGUACCAAUACAUUUCAUUAAUUUGAUUUUUUGAAAAUCCCAUUUUUUGAAUUGUGUAUCUUUCUUGUUGAGAUGCGAAUUAUUCAUAUGAUAUUAAUAUGUUUUAGUUAUAUAAGCAUGAAUAUAUUUAAUGGAAUAUUUAGGUUUAAAACUCCAGUUUGUAAUUUAAACUUUUUUUCAUAUGACUUACUAUGAACACCUACA